UACAACGACCAAUGAGAUGAAACCCGGAAGUGUUUCAUUUUGACCUACUGUGGCGUGUUGGUGAGGCAGCAGCAGUGCGGUUUGUAACGAUGGCUGUGCUUUACAUGUCUAAUGUAAAGUAGAAUGAGUUGAAGCCAUUCGAUGUGCAUUACGUCGUUUGUGCCAUUUUGGUGCUGUUCUUUAUUUGGUUUGCGUUAUACGAACGGACCACGAACGCAGUUAGUCAUAAGUAGGCUGCAAGUUACAUGGAUGAAACUGGGUUUAUUUGCGAUUUGGAGAAAUAGUGGCUGAAUAUCUCCAAAGUGUGUGUGUUAAAUUUUUAAUUUGUAAAAUGUCUGUUGAGCAGAUGUGCUGUGUUGUCUCUGUUUCUGAAAACAGCUGCAGUGAGACGCAGGAGUCGAAUGGAAAUCCAUUGAGCUGCAGUGGAGUGGUGUUGAGCCAUCAGUCUGGCCUUCUGCUCUGCAGCGGUCUGGUGCUUUCUCGUUUCCUGCUAGAUAAAGAGUGUAUAAGCCAAAACCCCAAAAUAUUAUUUGCUGACAAAUUUAGCAGCAAAAUUCAAAUUUACAUAGACUACGUUGAUGGAAAGGUGGACCAGGGCACCAACAAGAGAUCCAAUACAAAUGCGUUACCAACGUGCCAUAAACCUGCUGAGCUGCUCAUGAUGAUCAACUGUGUAGAGUUCCAGGGGGCUUUUCAAAACCUCUUUACUGGCUCUGAGCAGUGGAAGUUUACUGAUUGUGAUGAGGACCGUGAUAUUCCCUACAACUCCAAUUUCUUGAGCUGGUUUGCAGUGCUAAAAAUGACCACAAAUGCCCAAGUUGAUCCUGUUCCUUGGAUAAAGAGCACAAUGCUUGCCAAAGGAUGCUCGGUCGUAGCGUGUGGAUCUCCAUUCGGUUCUUUUUGUCCAGAUCUUUUCAUGAGUACACUGAGCAAAGGCAUCGUGAGCAACCUGGCUGGAGAGGAGAAUGCGUUGAUUUUGACAGAUGCUCGCUGUCUGCCUGGCACUCAGGGAGGAGGCCUCUUCAUUAGUGAUGGAGACAAGUUUUAUCUUGUUGGCUUAAUCACUUCCCCGCUGUGUUGGAAGUCAAACGAAUGGAUUGGGCUGACUUUAGUGUGUUCACUGCAUUUAAUUUUGAGAAACAUAUUACAGGCUGUAACCUCUCAUCAGACAUUGAGACAGAUAUCAACACACACUUUCACUGAUAUACCUCAUGUUACGUGUGAUGCACACCAAAAUGCAGAAAAUGGAAACUACCCCAUGGUGGUUGUGGUUGAAUGUGGACACGUUUGGGGUUCUGGAAUCAUGUUAAGUCCAUAUUUGGUGUUAACGUGCAGACACGUUGUGAAUGGGAGACAGCUUCUUAAAGUCACUCUCAGUACUAGUCAAAGAUCUCAGACUGUGAGUAGCAGAGUGCUGUUUUCUACAAAGAUCACUUCUCCUUAUGAUAUUGCUGUUGUGCAGCUUCAGGAGCCUUUUCCACACGUCAUAGUGCCUCAGAUAACCACCAAAUUUGUGCCUGGUGAGGAUGUGCUUGUGCUGGGUUAUGGAGCUUUAGGAAAAACCUGUGGCCCUUCCCUGACCUCAGGGAUUCUCUCCAGAGUUGUGCACCUGCAAAACAAGCCAGUGAUGCUGCAGACAACCUGUGCGGUGAAUUGUGGAGCCAGUGGUGGGGCUGUCGUUCGUGCCAAAACGGGCGAGUUGCUAGGUAUUGUGUCCAGUAAUACAAGAGACUUUGCAGCCAAGGUCACAUAUCCCCAUUUAAACUUCAGCAUCCCAGUUACUGUGUUGGCGCCUCUUCUGAGUCGCUUUGCACAAACACAAGACCCUGCAGUCUUUCAGGAACUGGACAGUACAGAAGCUGAGGUUAGGAAAGUGUGGAGACUUCAGAUUCCUGAAAGAGAGAAGAACUAAUUUGUUUUUGCCACC